AUGAGUCCUCUUGGAAACAAAACCAGCAAGAACAAUCCCUACGGCACGCCCACCAUUCCGGGGGCUGCCGGGCCACACGUCGGCAUGGGACCCGAUGCUCACCUCCCCGGUCCGGCGCCUCACACGGCAGGUCCGCAUCGACAUGACCUCCUUAACAAGCUCGACCCGACGGUCGACAGCCAGUCCGGCGGCGCGCAGGUCCUGGGACCCGGCGUCCAAGGCACCGGCCGACAAGCUGCCGUUGCGCAGCCGGUCCCUCCGACAGCCACCGCCGCGGCCGGAGGAGGGAUGCCGCCGGGCAAUCACGCCGUGAGCGGCGUCGGAGGCAACUACACGCACGGCCCGCCGCAGCACAACUCCCGUCUGGCCAACACGCUAGACCCGCGUAUCGACGCGACCGUGGCCAACGGCCAGGUGACCACGGCGGCGGCGGCUCCCGCCCCCGGCACGGCGGCUCCGGGGUUCGCACCGGGACAGAACGCGGGCGCCCUUGGAGGCGUCCCGGAGGGCACGUAUGGCCCGCACCGCACGCGAGCGGGCAACGCGCUGGACCCCACCGUCGACUCGGACCUCGACAGGACGCCGCGCGGCAUGGCGCAGCAGGGGGGAGGCGCGUACGGCGCCACGGGAGCGGUGGCGGGCGGCGGCCGCGUGAGGGACGAGAGGCUCCCGGGUCCGGCCCCGCACACGGCCGGGCCGCACCGGUCUGACCUGAUGAAUAAGCUGGACCCCAAGGUGAACAGCAAGAUGGAGGGCGUGCCGGCGCGGCAGUACAGGUGA